AUGAGAAGUUUCGCCAGAAGGGUUACCAUUUUACAGAGAAAAACAAUUUCUUAUUCAAUUUUUUUUAUUUCGCUAAAUUCCUAUUUUGUAAAAAAAUAUUUAUUUUCCAAUACGUCGGCCAUUUUUCAUUUGGAGGGGAAGGGGGCAGAUGCCUACUUGGAAAAAAACGGAAUUCUCUAUAAGGACCUCAUAGACGGAGAAGGGGACCCCAUUGAAGAGGGCGAUAUCGUGUAUAUUCACUACCAGGGGAAAACGACCAACGACUUUCGCAUAAUUCACUCAACUUUUAAUAGCAUAAUUCCACCCAAGAUCAAAGCUGGGCAAUAUGAUCAAAAGCACAUAAGGGCCAUCUACGAGAUUGUCAUUGGCAUGAAGAAGCACACAAGACGGCAGUGCAUCGUUCCCCCACAUCUGGCGUACCCCAACCAUUUUCCAAGCCAGCCGCUCCUUUACGAAAUCGACAUUGUAAAAGUUGUAAAAAAAAAUUCUCAGGGAAAGACAUUUAUCGAAAAAUUUGAGCAAAAAAUUGACCAAAUAAAGUCUGUCAUAUCGUCUUAUUUUUAA